AUGUUACGCUCUGUUUGGUUGCUAGGAUUGGAGGCUCUAAAUGUUGGCUUUGAUUUGUUAGUAACCAUACGGAGUUUUGAGGAAUCCUGCCCUAUGGUGAAAAACAUUCUUCUGUUGGACUCUGAAGGGAAGCGAGUUGCGGUCAAAUACUAUUCAGAUGAUUGGCCGACCAAUAGUGCAAAGUUAGCUUUUGAAAAAUCUCUUUUUACAAAGACUAUGAAAUCAAAUGCUCGAACGGAAGCGGAGAUUACAAUGUUUGACAGCAACAUUAUCAUCUACAAAUUUGUCCAGGACCUUCAUUUUUAUGUGACUGGAGGUGAGGAUGAAAAUGAACUCAUCUUGGCUGCAGUUCUUCAGGGUUUCUUUGAUUCAGUCUCUCUCCUCUUGAGGAGCAAUGUUGAGAAAAGGGAGGCACUUGAGAACUUAGAUCUCAUUUUCUUAUGCCUUGAUGAGAUUGUUGAAAGAGGCAUGAUCCUCGAAACAGAUGCUAAUGUUAUCGCUGGAAAGGUUGCUGUAAACAGCAUGGAUCCCAGUGCGCCUUUAUCGGAGCAGACAAUAGGUCAAGCAUUGGCUACAGCUCGGGAACACUUGACAAGAACCCUUUUUCAAACCACCACUUAUAGGUCCUUGGCCUGGGGUGAUGCCAAGAGAUCGUUCCUUUGGCGGUGUAUUUUUGGUGAAAUUGGGGUGUGUUUAUUGCUUCUUGUGGUGGUCCAGCAGGUGGUUCUAGGGGUGUGGUCAGCCAGAGCUUCCUUGCUGAAGCUUCUACUUGGUAGAGGCGCUUUGAUGAUGUGGGUUCAGUUCCCCACGUCUCCAUUACCUGCACGCGGUGGCUUGGCUGGGGUGAUGGAGGUUUCUGCGGUAGUUGGGAGGUGUUAG